AUGCCGGCAUAUACACUAGCGGUGAUUGGGUGCGGCACGAUGGGUGUCGCCAUCCUCUCGGGCGUGCUGGAUUCGCAACGGUCGCAGCAGGCGCUUGCCUCGAUGGCCUCAUCCGUCUCCUCGCUCCACGACUCGACUGCCGGCGACGACCUGACCGAGCUUCCCACACGCUACAUCGCCACUGUCAACCGUCUCGAAUCGGUGCGAAGGUUGAAGAAGGUGUUUGCCGACUACCCGGACAUUGCGAUUCACGCAGGCAAGAACGUGCAGGCGGCGCAGGAGGCAGAUGUGAUCCUGCUUGGAUGCAAGCCGCAGAUGGUACAGGACAUCAUCGCCGAGCCCGGCAUGCGUGAGGCACUUGACGGCAAGCUGGUCAUCUCGAUUUGCGCUGGCUUGCGCAUCUCGCAGAUGGUCGAAUGGGUGACUCCCGCCACCAAGGUGGUGAGGGCCAUGCCAAACACCCCCUGCAAGAUCCGCGAGGGCAUGACGAUCCUCACCCCGCUGCCAUCGUCGUUGCCAAAUGCAGAGCUGGAUCGCAACAUUCUGCUGUCCAUCUUCAGCGCUGUGGGCAGGUGCAGGUUCCUGGACGAGAAGCACUUUGAUGCAUGCACGGCGCUUGCCGGGUCCGGACCUGCGUUUGCCUGCGUGUUCCUCGAAGCCAUGGCUGAUGGCGGAGUGAUGAUGGGGUUGCCACGACAGGAGGCGCUCGAGCUGGCCGCUCAGACCAUGCAGGGCGCAGCGCGCAUGGUGAUGCAGAGCGGCAUGCAUCCGGCGGCGAUCAAGGAUUCCGUCACCACCCCAGGAGGCUGCACAAUCGCCGGCCUGCUCAAUCUUGAGGACGGCAAGGUCCGAAGUACGGUCGCGCGCACCAUCCAGGCUGCAGCCGAACACGCAAGCGGCCUAGGCCAGGCAAAAAAGUAG